AUGGCGAAGCCACAUGAGCCACAUGACCGAUGGCAGCACAUCCAGUCCUUCGCCAUGGAGUCCUCCCGACUCAUGGAAUUGCAGGUGUCCCUCCUACAAGCCUACCUGGGCCAGCAAGUGGAAUGGGACCGGGGGCUCGAGGAUGCCACCAAAAGCGUGGAGGAGGCAGUGGAGCAGGUGUGUGAGACCAUCCACGGCCUCCAGCUGCGAUUGGCAUCGGAGUCCUUCAAGAGUGAAGUACCGACCCAAGUGGUGUCGCGAGCACCAGAGAUGGAGGACUCCAACCUGGAUGACAAAGAGGAUGUCAGUUUGGGCCAGCCCAUCGAGUCUCUCGCGCUCGGCGACUUCGGCUACGGCUUGGGAACGUCGGAGUUGUCAGGACGGGCCGAUGAGCCCCCGGCAGAAAGACGGCCUAGUCUUGGAAUGCAGGAGAGCAUUGCGAGCGUGGCUGACAGCUUGCAGAGCAUCGAGAGCGACCCGUGGGGUGCUUCUGCCGUCUGCCCCUAUGGCGUGCUGAACCCGCACUGGGGACUCAAACUUGCUUGGGACUUUAUUGUGAUGUUCUUGGUUUUGAUGGAUGCCACCGUCCUGCCCUUUCAGCUCACCUUCAAGGGAAAUAUGGAUGAAGAUUCCUUUGACCUUGCCUGGCUUUGGAUCACCACCCUGAUUUUUGGCAUUGAUGUU